GCAGCUCUCAAAAGUUGCUCCACCGAAUUCAGUUCAUUACUUUACAUCUUCACAAUCUGAUCUGACUCAGGUCUUCACAUAUGCUGAACUGCUAUUCUCAGAAAUCUACAACAACCAACAAGCAAGGAACCUUCACCAUGAGCGACGGACUCAAUCCUGAAGGGCCUAGCCAACCCAACCUCCAACACGCCUACGAAACCGCAGGCAACCCCACCGACAAGAGCGAAAGAGAAGAAGCCCAAGCCAAAAAGAAUGCCCUAACCGACGAAGACAACGCCGUAGCCCACCGCUCCACCUCCCGCGUCGCCCAAGAAUCCGAAGCAACCCCCACCUCCGUAGCCCGGGGCGUCCGCGGCGCACCCCCCGGCGAAGAAACCCGCGGUUUCAAAUCCCAAUCCGACCUCGACUCCCAAGAACUCGACGCCGCCCAAAUGGGCGCCCCCGGCGAAGGAAAAGUCGUAAAUGCCGUUCAGAAAAAACCAGGCGCCUCAGGGAAAGAACCCGGUCUCGAGACGGAUAUCGAGAAGAAGAAAGCGGAACAGGCGCCUGCACGAGAGGCGAUUAAAGCGGAAAAACAGCAUAAUGUGGAUGUGGGAGGGGUUUUGGGACAGAGGGGGGGACCGGCGAAUCCGGUGGGGAAGGGGAAUUAUCCUAAUAGUGGUGAUUAGAUCAGUGGAUUUUGGUGUGUGUUGGGUGCAUGAGGGAUUGAGGAUGGCGUUUUGUGGUAUGAGGGGAGGGGUUUGGGGGGAUACAGGCACAAGUAAGCAGAAGAUAGACAGGACGAAGAUAUUCGGUCAUAGUGUGGGAUCACUCUACCUGGAAACGGCAGAUUCAAGAUCUCAACAAGUACAGAU